AUGGUUUCAGGAAAGACUAUGGUCUUUACGAUUGUUGGAUGGAAUGCUGAGGCAAAUAGAUUUGGAGGCUAUCUGGCUUCGAUCGACCCACGUUUGACAUGGCGAGAGCAUCUGCAAUAUAUCUUGAUCUUCUGUCGAACCCAUAUCAAGCGUGCGUUCAAGAAGAAGUUUGGACCUCAUGCUGCUACUCCCAUAUUGGCAAUGAUUCUGCAAUCAAAUUCAAAGAGCGAAAUCCUUGCAUAUUUCGAUGAGGCUAUUGAAAAAUGGCCUGAAACGAAGGCUUGGUUUAAUUCAAAGCGAGCAGAUUGGAUCCUUGCCAGUCUAUCCCAUGAAACUUCAAAAAUUCCGAUCACCUGGUGGCAGCUUGCACCACAUCAUACUGGACUUUGUGAAAGCAGUCAUUUUGUCGAUAACGAAGCCAUUGGACGUAAGCAAACGUUGCUUGGCGCUGUUCUGAAGUAA